AUGGAUUUAGAUGAAGCUGGGAAGGAAAGGUACUGGCAACUAGAUGAAUUAGAAGAAUUUAGACAACAAGCAUAUGAAAACUCUAGUAUCUAUAAGGAGAGAACAAAAGCGUCGCAUGAUAGGAGAAUUAGGAUGAGAGAAUUCAAGGAAGGUGAUAAGGUGCUUUUGUUUAAUUCUCGCUUUAAGCUCAAAGCGCCGAAACUCAGAUCAAAAUGGACAGGACCAUUUGAAGUCAUUAACGGUUACCCGUCGGGACAAGUAAAGUUACAUGGCCAUAGUGGGGAUGGUUUUAUAGUCAAUGGGCAGAGAGUGAAACAUUACUAUGAAGAGGAUAGCAAUAAGGACGAGGGCAUAGAAUCUGGCCCUUAUUUUGUUGAUGAAUGA